AUGGACGUGGUCCUCGAGGUCACCGAUCAGUUCAUGUUCGAUUACAUAUAUGCCUGGCUAUUACCAGCGCGACCUGCUCUCUAUGAUUUCCCCGGCAAGACCAAUGGCACCGCCCAAGCUUUCUCAUCCUGGGUGUAUAAGCCCGCGACCGAGUUCUUCUCGCUCGAACCCUCGCAAGCGGCUUAUCAGAGUAUUUGGGCCAGAGACAAUAUCUACCGCCAGGCUCUAUCGCUGUUCCUAAUACUAUGGCUCUUCGGUCUCGUAACCUACUACGUCUUCGCCUCUCUCUCGUACAUCUUCGUCUUCGACAAGAAGACCAUGGAGCACCCCAAGUUCCUCAAGAACCAGGUCUGGCUUGAGAUCAAGCAAGCCAACACCGCCCUUCCCGUCAUGGCGCUCUUCACCUUCCCUUUCCUGGUCGCCGAAGUGCGCGGUUACUCGCUCCUGUAUGAUACCUCAGCCGAGGGUCCCGGCCGCUGGUACGACUUCUUCCAGUUCCCGCUCUUCAUCAUGUUCACCGACUUUGGCAUCUACUGGAUCCACCGCGGUCUUCACCACCCGUCCGUGUACAAGCACCUGCACAAGCCUCAUCACAAGUGGAUCAUGCCGACCCCUUACGCCAGCCACGCCUUCCACCCCAUCGACGGCUUUGCCCAGAGCAUCCCCUACCACGUCUUCCCCUUCAUCUUCCCGCUCCAGAAGAUGGCGUACGUCGGUCUCUUUGUUUUUAUCAACUUCUGGACCAUCAUGAUCCACGACGGCGAGUACUACGCCAACAACCCGGUCAUCAACGGCGCCGCCUGCCACUCUGUCCACCAUUUCGCCUUCAACUACAACUACGGCCAGUUCACCACGCUGUGGGACCGCCUCGGCGGCAGCUACAGGCAGCCUGACGAUGACCUAUUCAAGAAGGAGAAGAAGAUGAGCACGACGACGUGGAAGAAGCAGGUCAACGAGAUGGAAAAGAUUGUCAAGGAGGUGGAGGGUGAGGAUGAUCGGAUGUAUGAGCCGACUGAGACCAAGAAGUUGAUAUAA